GGCCUAAAUUUAGCUAGUAGACAAGGGGCUGGCCUUGAGCCCAGGGAGAGACGGGCCUUAUAAAGGGCCGGCAGUCAGGGCCCGGCACGCUCCCCCAGAGGCCUGUGCCCACACCCCUCUCCUGCCCAGCCCCUGCCCGCCUGGACGGGGCCCCGCGCCUGCCCGCCGAUGAGCCACAGGACUUCCUCCACCUUCAGAGCGGAGAGAAGUUUCCAUUCCUCCUCCUCCUCCUCCUCUUCCUCCUCCUCCUCCUCCGCCUCCCGAGCCCUCCCGGCCCAGGACCCACCCAUGGAGAAGUCCUUGAGCAUGUUUUCUGAGGAUUUUGGCAGCUUCAUGCGGCCCCACUCAGAGCCUCUGACCUUCCCAGCCCGCCCUGCAGGGCCUGGCAACAUCAAGACCCUGGGAGACGCCUAUGAGUUUGUGGUGGAUGUGAGAGACUUCUCACCUGAAGACAUCAUCGUUACCACCUCCAACAACCAAAUCGAGGUGCGGGCUGAGAAGCUGGCAGCUGAUGGCACGGUCAUGAACACCUUCGCUCACAAGUGCCAGCUGCCAGAGGAUGUCGACCCAACAUCAGUGACCUCGGCCCUGCGGGAGGACGGCAGCCUCACCAUCCGGGCGCGACGUCACCCACACACAGAGCAUGUCCAGCAGACCUUCAGGACAGAGAUCAAAAUCUGAGGACCUCCCCUUCCCCUGCCUCCUCCAUGCCCCUCUGGCUGCCAGCAAAGUCUUCUUAACCCCUUCCCACAUCCUUCAGGUGUUCCAGCACUUAUGCCCCUUCCCCCCCAGACCCCAGGUGGGUCACCCCCCAAACUAGGGCCCUCCACUCUGCCCAGUGUAGGCCAAGGACCCCCUGGCCUCACCUGUAGUGCCCAGAUUUCAGAUAUGACCUUUCUCACUGAAUCCAGAAUAGAGAGUUCAGGUCCGAGAAGGGAGAUCCCAAAGAACCCAUGUGGGGAGGGGAGGGGACAAGCAGGGCAUCUGGGGAAAUGAUCUGCAGGACAGACAGACAAACAAGUCCUUUGAUCUCUGUAGUCUCUGCAAGGCAGGGGCAGGGGGGGCCAGGGACCUGGGACCCCCUUGGCCAAGGGCAGCAAGAGAGGCAAAGGAAGGUCACAGGCAGAGAGGUGCCUAAGUGGAACUGCCCAAGGGCUCAGGGAGGCCAGGAGACAGCCGUGACAGUAACUCCCCUUCCGCCACUCUCUAAGCCCCAAACCAGUUGGCAGGCUGCCCGCCCGCCCUGUGUCCCCAGCCAGCUGGCCAGGGUUGGCCACACUGCAUCAGUGUAUAAAUGGGGUUUUUCCAAUACAGCCUGUUCAUGAGAAAC